AUGCUAUUUCCUCGAGGUCCUAUUAUAUCCCCCUCUUCUUCUUCCUUUUCUUUUUCUUCUGUAUUUCUCUUCUUCUUACUCUUUACACUAUUCUUCUCAUUGGGAUUGGUGGAGGCGGUAUCUACUCGAUUAGAUGCCGGCGAUUCCUUAUGCCUGCAGGAACCCGUAACCCCGCAGAGUACAGUAACAUUUCAAUUCCAAGUAACAAAUAAAGGUAAGAACGAUAAUGGUAUUUUAGUGGUCCUCACAGAUCAGGAUGGAAACGAAAUUCAUCAUUGGGAAAAUGCCAUGGAAGGCAUAUAUGAAGUUCAUGCACAGAAUGGAAUACGUUUGUUAAAUGCCUGUUUGGAGAAUAUACAUUCCUUCUACAGUCACACUAUGGUGGAUUUUCACUUUCGUUAUCAUGUGGAUUACAGUACAGUGGCGAAGGUGUCGGAACUCGAUCCCAUUGAACGCAGUGUGGAGUCGAUUGCGCGGAAUAUGCGAAGUGUGGAGGAAUUGCAAAUGCACCUGCGCACGCAACAGAAGGAACACCGGAAUACAGUGGAGGAGGCGAAUGAGCGAUUACUAUUAUGGAGUGUUUUUCAGGUUGUGGCUCUUGUUGGUAUGAGUAUCUUUCAGCUCUACUUUCUCAAGCGAUUCUUAGAGCGGAAGUCAUUCGUGUAA